AUGAUCAGAGGUCCACUGGCAAGGGGCGUCCUCCUCGCGGCGCUCGUCACCCUCUUCCUCAUCCCUGCCGUGGUCAAGAUCCCAUUCUUCCUCCCCUCGGACGACAGCGCUGCUGAGCACGUUUACGAGAUUGACGACGGGUACAUUGCCAUCUCCGGCAAGGCCGUCCACCACGACUUGUACGCCGCCAGCAGCAACGGCGGUCAUGGCAGCGGCAGCGGCGGUGGCGUGGGCGGCCGUAUCGCUCAGCAUGGCAAGCCCGCCGCAGUGAAACAGCAGGCGUUGACACCCCUGCGUCCGUCCGAGGGGGGCCUGCACGACCAGCUCCUGCUCACCCGUUUUGUCGCCCAUGCACCGGGAUUCAGCGUCAUCGAGAACCUCUACUACCACAACGGCACGUUCCUCGUCGUCACCGACGAGCCAUGGGCUGUCCCCGAGCUCAAGUACCUGGGGGUUAUGAACCACCAGAACGCCGGCGAACAGAUUGGGAGCUCGUUCAAGAUCUUGGCUGUUCGCGGCCCCCCUAUCGGUAGGAUGCAGGCGCACAAGAAGGACGUUGAGAGCAUCUCGGUCGCCAACGCUUCGCUCCUCACGGCCACGUCGCUCGAACUCGGUGCCCCCAUGCUCCUCAACAACGACCACCAGUUCAUCAGCCACUACUACCACUUCAUUGGCGAGACCUUCCUCGGUGCUUGGCGUAUCUGGAACAACUACGCCUGGGCCCGUGGCUUGUCAUCACUCCCCGACUUCAAGGUCAUUGCCUUCCCCAAGGUCUUCAACGUGGAGGAGACAAAGGUCGACCACAGCAAGGAAGGUUGGGAGGACCAUGCGGGUGCGAACCGUUUCUUCAUGGAGACCUGGUUCCCCAAGGCGCGUAUCGAGACCGCUGUCGACUGGCACCACCGCCGUGACUCGGACGAGGUCUACCGCAUGCCCCUCGUGGUCAUCAGCGACCGUCGCGGCGGCCACGAGGGUCCCUCGGCCAGCUUCAAGCCGUGGGGAGACGUCCUCCGCAUGCCUGUCCAGGACAACUGGCUCGAGAACCUCCGCGACCGCGUGCUCAAGGGCUACACCGGCCCCGUCUCGCUCCAGCACCCGGACAAGCCUCGUCUCGUCUACCUCUCGCGCCAGGACACGGGCCGCCGUCUCGACGACGACCAGCACAAGAACCUCGUCAUCGCCCUUGAGGAUCUGCACGACGAGGGUGUGAUCGACUUUACCCUCCUCCAGUUUGUGGACGGCACGCCCUUCCCUGACCAGCUCGCCGAAUUCUCAAAGACUGACUUUGUCAUCGCUGUCCAUGGAAACGGCCUCACCCACUCGCUCUGGAUGUCGCCAGGUCAAGGCCGUGCCGUGUUCGAAAUCCAGCCGCACGACUGCUCUGUGAACGACUAUUCCCCGCUCGCCCUCGCCGCGGGUGUGCAGCACUUCCUCGUGCACGAAACCAAGGACAUGUGUACACCGCUCGAGUGCCCCACGCGCGGCUGUCAGGAGAGCGAGGGGCCCACCCGCGACGAUAUGCGGGUCGACCCGGCGCUCAUCAUCGACAAGGUGCGCGAGCUGGUGGCCAAGCACUAUCGCAACGGCCGCAUGAUUCCGGACUUGGACAUGUGA